AUCAUCAUCAUCAUCAUCAUCAUCGCAAGCAGAACCUGAUGCAGCCGCUGUCAAAUCCUCUCGCGAUAAGAAACAUGCACGCAGUGACCGUACCUCCCCGGAUUACAAACCUAAGAAGAAGAAGGAGCACUGGCAAGUUCAAAAAGAAGCCUUGAAGAAGAAAUUCAAGGAUGGAUGGAAUCCAUCUAAAAAGCUUUCGCCCGACGCUCUCGAGGGUAUCCGCCACUUACAUGCCGUAGCUCCGGACAAGUUUACGACCCCUGUCCUUGCCGAGCAAUUCCAGGUAUCACCGGAAGCCAUCAGGCGUAUUUUAAGAAGCAAAUGGCGUCCUUCCGAAGCAGAAAUGGAGGACCGGCGCAAGCGAUGGGAGAAGCGGCAUGAUCGAAUCUGGAGUCAUCUAUCGGAGCUAGGUCUCCGACCGAAAACAAAACGCACAGAGGCCUUAGACGACUCAAACAUACUGUAUGGUAAGGGUGAAAAAGGCAACAAACCGUCGGAGUAAUCUGUUGUCGUGUUUCAGAGAAUCAUGAAAGCAUCGUGCAUAUUGAAGAGACAUAUAAUACAGCUAAUAGUACAUAAUAACGCCCAAAAUUAUUAUUACUAUUUCUCUUCUUAUUCUCUUCCUCCCUAUCUCUUUUUUCGUUUAUUUUUUGUUUUUAUUUUUGUCUUCUUUUUCCUUUCUCCUUACCCCAUGGUCUUUUGAAAUUCCCGGCAUUGUGCAGAAUCCCUAAGUUACUAGGCUCCAUAAUUAAUGUGUCCCUUUUGCGGAGAUAUGUUUUACCAA